UUUUGAUUUAUUAAUGAAAUAAGAUAGAAAUUUAUCAAGAUCCAGAAGAAGUCCUUCACCAUAACUCAAAAUCAAAAAGGCUCAUAGAGGUAAACAAAAGAAAAACCGUCACUCACAAUCUUCAUCAUUCAAAACAAACUCAUAAUCACAUGAAAAGUAACCUCAUUUCCCAGAAGAAGGGAAACUACUUAAUUUCAUUAAGGAACUAGAAGCUGAAAAGGAAAAGUAAGUAUUCAGUUUGAAAUUAAGUCACUUUCACUUAGAAGAUGUUUAAUCAAUAUGUAAUCAAUAUAUCUCCAUUUUUAGUAACUAUUAAUGAUGAUAUGAAUCAUUCAUAAAUGAGAAGAUAAUAACAAUACAGUUAAUAUUAUCACUAAGAAUUUCAAUAAUCCUUGAUCAAUGAGAAUGUCUAUCUUGGAAAUUGUCUUUUACAUUAAAAGAUUUCACAAUCCCUUAGAGCCAAGAUGAUUGAUUGGAUGAUUGAAGUUCUCGGAAAUUAUAGUGAAACAACUUCGGAUGCUACUUUCUUUAGAUCAGUUUCUAUCAUGGAUUAUUAUCUAUAAAAAUCAAUCACAUCAUAUUCAGAUAAUCAUCUUCAUCUUAUUGGAAUUACCUCUAUGUUUAUAGCUACUAAAAUUGAAGAUAUUUAUCAUAUUCCUUUAUCAGAUUUUGUCACUAGAGUCAGCCAUAAUAAAUACACAGCGUAUUUUAUUAUACUAUAUUCUAGAUCUAAAAUUAAAGCCAUGGAAUAAUCUAUUUUGGAAACAUUGAAUUUCGAAAUCACUUUCCCAACUACAUUAGAUUUUUUACAUAAUAUCUUUUACUAAUGUUUUAGUUUAAAUGAUAAGUAAACAUUUUUAUUUAAUUUUAGUCCUAAUAUAUAAAAUAUUUUAGAAACUAGUACCUAUAUAUUAAAAAUGUGUCUACAUGAUUAUUCCAUGACAUCCUUUAAUUCCUACACCUUGGCAUCUUCUUCAUUCAUUUAUUCUAUUGCUGAUUAUAUCAAAUAGAAUUAUUCACAAAACCAAGAUCUUAUUAUCAAUCAAUUUGUAAUUUAUUUUAUAUUAUGUUUAGAACAACAAAAUAGUUUAAAUCUCAUAAAUUGAAUUAAUUGAACUUAAUUUGUGUUAAAAUAAGUUAGAGGAUCUUAUAAAUACUUUUAAGAUUAAAUAUCCUGAACUCCAUAAUUUAGACAGAUUUUCAUGA